AGAGAGAGAGAGAGGGGGAGAGAGGGAGAGAGGGAGACGAGAGCUCUGAUAAACAACAACACAGCUCUCGGAAGCCGCUUCUACCGGAUUCGGCUCCAAACUGCGGCCUCAGCGAAGAAGAGGCGGCGGGGACUUUCUCUGGGUUCUUGGCUGCGUUUUGUCGUCUGUUGUCAUACAUUCAUUGUUGAAUGCCAUUGCGGAAGUGAGAGGCUUUUCGACACGACGCAAAGCUCCGUGUGUGCGGACAUCUAGUGGCCAAACAGGAGAAAGCCGUCCUGUGGACAUGUACGGAGCUUCAGGAAUCCCCGAGCUCAUCCCUCCCAGCGGGCCACCCCGGCAGCCCGGUCCGGCUGGACAGUACAACCCGGGGCACCCACAGGUCAGCGGCCACGGCGGCGGGCCCAACCCUCAGAGACUCGGGCAGAGGGCGCCCAAACUGGGCCAAAUCGGCCGGUCAAAGAAAGUGGACUUGGACGAUGAAGACCUGGACGACAUCAUGAACAACAACGGGCAGUGUCCUGUUUCCCUUUCUCCCAUCUCCUAAACUUCACCAUGAAGUGCCAAAUGAAAAAGGUUAAAUAUGAAAUCCCCUGGGAAGGCCAAACCUCAGUCAGUGAUCUUGACCUUGAUCCUGUCAAGUGUCCUACUGAAGUGUCCGAUGGCUCAACGCGGCAUAAAACCGGCUCAUUUAGUGCCAGCUGAAGCCGAGUCUUUGAUUGUACAUAAUGUUUAUUUAACUUAACUUUUGGUCAUACUGUGAAUUAAUUGUACCACAUCGGCCCCCCCUCCCCACUUUGCACCUCAGUGGGUGGCAGAUUAUGAGGACUGGAGAAGGGUUUGGAUAAAGAAUGUCUAUAUUUUUUCAGAGCGUCUUAAUAAGGGCUAUAUUUCUAAAGUUGCACUGAGCAAAGGGUCAGAUGUAAAUCAGCCUCUCGCUGCCUGUUCACUGGUGAAGGUUUCUGAUUUUUCUGUGCAAUGGUUGUGAGAGGGAACAUACGCCUGUUAAUGUGUAUCACACAGGUAAAACAUUAAGCUUUGGUUGUGCAAUGACUAUCAUUCUCUACUCUCACAGUGAUGCAAGUGAUGUACUAUUUUCCAGUGGAUGAAAGCUUGCUAUUUAUAGAAGAAGAAGAAGAAAAAAAAAUGACUGCAGCUAAUUAUUUUUUUUUUAUUUUUUUUCAGAACUUGAGAUGUGUGUGUUGUCAUGGCUUCUACAUGGUUUUUACUUGUUUGUGAAUGGAUAUUGCUUCUGUCAUCUGUAACUGAGAUUUAUUGUGUUUCCAAAUAGUGCACUUUGUGGGAAUGCCUGUUAUGUGCAGUGACAUGUUACAGAAUUCUAUGCAUGGAGUCUGUUCAAAAGCAUCAGGACAUGUAACUGGUAUAUCCUGUUAUUAAGGGCUACUGCGUGUAGUAGUAUUUCAGACCACGCCACCGGUUUUCUCUUUAGAUCAUGCUGAGUCAGCUUGGGCUCAUUGUUUGCUUGGGCUGCAGACUCAGCAGUAAAGUAUCACAACACAACAACAGCACAUUUCUGGAGGUUGUGUUUGUUUUCAAUGGCAUGUUGAUCAAAAGGACAGGUGUCAACGUUUGCGGUGGGGCGGGUGGGGGGCUGGGUAGAAAUGCCAAAGGAUAUUUGAUGCUGAAUCAGAUUGACACAACACAUGUUUGUGAGCUACAGGCGCAUAGCGUCAGUGUGUCUUUAAGGUGUAGACUGACCACUAAAAUAUAAUGUCUGCCUUUACAAUUACAGUAUGAGACGAUGAAAACAAGCAGCCUAUGAUUUGCUCUUAUUGCUGAGACAAUCCUAACAGUUUUUUUUUUUUUUUUGGUGGUUUAAAGAUUUGCUGUGGACUUUGGAAUGACAUCAUGUCAUCUCUGCAAUGUCAUUUUAAAGAUUUGUUACUUAUCUGUGAAAUUGGGAACUGGUUCACUCCGCAUCAUGAAAGCACACCAUCUCACAGCUCAUUCUCGGACUCGGAUCAUUGUUUUGAUCCCGUUCUCAUUUGCAUGAAAGUGGUCAACUUUUUUGUAAUAUGCAUCUCGAGAAAUAAAAGAAGAAUCUUUGUGCAGCCUCA